CAACUACAGUGGGAACGACCCUUGAAGAUCACACAACAACGUUAGAAAUGACAACAUUUCCAGCUGAAACAACUACCAUUGUUACACAAGGACCAUCAGCUAGCCCAACGAUAGAAGCAAUAACCACAACACAGUCUCCAACUCCACCAUCUACCACACCCUUUUUAACUACUGAAACUACAUUACCUUUCACAACCACACCCAACACACCUUCUUCAACUACAUCAACUACCCCACCUACCACACCUUCUUCAACUACAUCAACUACCCCACCUUCUUCAACUACAUCAACUACCCCACCUACCACACCUCCAACUACGUCAACUACACCUACCACACUUUCUCCAACUACCCUAACUACAUCAACUACCCCUUCUACCACACCUAUCCCAACUACCCGUUCUACUACACCUAUCCCAUCUACCCCUUCUACCACACCUAUCCCAACUACCCCUUCUACCACACCUAUCCCAACUACCCCUUCUACUACACCUAUCCCAACUACCCCUUCUGACACACCUAUCCCAUCUACUUCACCUAUCCCAACUACCCCUUCUACUACACCUACCCCUUCUACAACACCUAUCCCAUCUACCCCUUCUACCACACCUAUCCCAACUACCCCUUCUACUACACCUAUCCCAUCUACCUCUUCUACCACACAUAUCCCAUCUACCCCUUCUACCACACCUAUCCCAUCUACCCCUUCUACCACACUAAUCCCAACUACCCCUUCUACCACACCUAUCCCAUCUACCCCUUCUACCACACCUAUCCCAACUACACCUUCUACUACACCUACCCCAACUACCCCUUCUACUACACCUACCCCAACUACCCCUUCUAAUACAACUACCCCUUCUACUACACCAACUUCAACUACCCCUUCUACUACACCUACCCCAACUAACCCUUCUACUGCACCCACUCCAACUUCUACAACUGCAUCUCCUUCAUUGACGUCACCUUCACUCUCAACAACUGGACCUCCGAUAUUUGUAACUGUGGACACCAUUGAAGUAUCAACAGACGUCACUGUUAGACUCAACAAAACAUUUAAAAAGGAAUACAGUGACCCAUUAACACAGGAAUACCAAGAUUUUACAGAAAAUUUCACUAACGACAUGACCUUACUGUACAACCGCACUAUGAACAAUUUUAUCGGCAUAGUAAUAAUAGGACUCAGGAAUGGCAGUGUCGUGGUGGAGCAUGUGGUUCUACUGCGCAUAGAGAAUGGGAAGAAUUUAAGUCAUGAGAUUGCUGAGUCAGAACAACAGAUCAAGGACAUUCUCAACACGGCCAAAAACUGCACCACAGGUCAAGUAGGCUGUAUUGGGGUGGACAUAAUUGGAGAUGUCAUAGUAAAAAAUUCCACAUUCGAUAAAGAAUCGGUAUGCGACCCGGCCAAACUAGAUAAGGACUUGAGGAUAUACUACCAUGCAGCACAAAUAGAUGGGCGACUGGUCUGUGUCUCUCCCUGUGCCUCCGGACACAACAGGGAAAAGAACUGCAACACCGGCACCUGUAGUAUGUCAAGGGACGGCCCGGUCUGCAGAUGUAACCAGGACUACUGGUACCUAGACUCCGAUUGCUACGGUCCUAUCCUGAAGAGGGACCUCUUUGCCGCGCUACUGACCCUGGCAGGACUGGUGAUAGCAGCCGUGGGGGUCAUGGUGGUCUAUGUGCCCUGGCAUAGACGACAAUUACAUAGGGUGAAAGACAUCCAUACAAAACAAGUUAACCAGUGGCUGGAGGAAGACUUUGAAUGGCCCAACAGGCCAAAUACAGGUGGCCACUUGGUUGGUUCAAGUAGUACAACAGUCCUAACAGAGAAUGAGCCUAACCCACCUUAUGGUGGCCGAGUGGGCUUGCAGUACGACGCAGAGGGAGAUUCCCUGUCAUCCUCCAGUACAAGGCUUCCGUCUCCCUACCAUGGAACACAGGCACAGGUGUCCAGGAGGAGGUCUGAGACCAUCUGCUAUGACUACAGCUCCUGGGGCGCUGAUAGGGACGCCAUUCAAGUCAUACAGACUACUGCCACCUCAUCAGGGCAGCAUUUUACAUUGAGUGACCCUGGCAGCCAAUCAGAGCUCAGGAUCAGCAUACCGGAGAUAAGGACUGACUCUGAGAUCUAGUGGGAAAUCCUCAAGUCUUAAACAGAACUGGACAAAGAAGAGGAUAAUACAUUUAAAGAAGUGUUUCUCAUCGACCAACGGAAUAAAACAGACAGAAAAAGGAUCUCUAACGGACAGUCUCCUCUUUGGGAGCGAAGCCUGAAUAACAGUUGUGGGACAAUGCUUUAUUAACACUACACAGGAUUGUCCAAAGCAGUUUGGUUUCCAUGAACUCACUGAUACAGGAGGACGUGAAACCCAACCUCCGAUUCAUUCAUGGAAUAAUCUGCUCUCAAAUCUAUUACCUAUCAGGAUAUCUAAGGAAACAACAUGUUUUAUAUGCUGUACUUCAGUGAUGCAUGUUUACAAUAAGUCUGAACAAUGAUAUAUGUAACUUAUAAUAGUUGGCCAAUUAACAUGGCUUGUUUUGCACUUUGGUACCACAACAAAUGAAUUUAACUAAUGUUGUAAUAUCACAUGUAUAUAAUAAUAUGUCCUAACAAUCUGUCUGUAUACAGAACAGAUAUUGCACUGUGGUAGUUCUUAUACAAACAAAACAUAUUUAAAAUGUCUACAAAAAACUAAGUUAUUUCCCAACUCAUUUUUGUAAACUGAAUAAUGUUAAACCAAUAAAUAAAAUUGCAAAUUCUGUUAAAAAAAUAUGGCGUUCACACAUAAAUAGAACAAUAAACGCAACUGAUGAAAUUGGCAGUCAAAUGAACAAUGAAUGAACAAUGAAUGAAGGCCAGAGUGAGCCAUUUCUAGUCAGUGGCGCAUGCUCACGCUCUUGAUCUCGUUGUUUGGCUGCAUGUUCAACGUUCUUGUUCUUUGGUUGUUCGCUCAUCUCGUCUUUCCCUGUGCUCAAGCUCUAAUUUAUGUUACUCCUACUUUGCCUUUGGUUCUAACUCCCUCGGUUGCACGUCAACGGGACUCACCCCACUACCCGUAGCACCUUUUUCAUCAGUCCUCUCCGUAAAGAUUUCCUCAUCCACCGAUCAGCGCUUUGACUACUGCUUUUGGAUCGCCAGAUGCCACUUUGAUGUCAUAAUUCUUUGCGAUGAUGAGCAGAUUUGCCUUCGUACAUUUAUCUAUCAUCUCCCAUGUAGGGUUUUCCACAAAUGCUUCCAACUAGCCUGUGUGAUAUUGCAGCUUAUAAAAUUAUUCCACCAAUCUUAUAACCCAUUAGGGGGGAUGUCAGUGACAGCAACUCUACCACAAAAGUGUAUUUUGAACACUCAAAUAUCUGGGCACAGCAGAGCUUCACAGUCGGAGAUUAGAGCAACUAUCACAGGAAACAAGAUCCCGGAUGAGCCCCCAUUUUGUUACGUUCCCCAGCAAGAAACCAAAACGUUUCACUCAAACAGAAGGGGGAACUAACAAAGAGUCACUAACAACACCCAAAACAAAAGGGAAGGUCUCACGUGUUAACCCGCUAACGUCCAACCUCUAAAUAUUAAUGGAAGAACAAAAACCUGUAACAGGUCAGUUAUGGAUGGAUGUGUAGGUUCAGAACUUGUUGUUGGCAUGUCAUGCCCAAGUUUGCUAAUCAUGCCAAUA